AUGGACGACCCAACUCCUGGGCAGUGGAUAGAAACCCAAGACGACAUUAUAUUCAAGCUUUUGGACCAACUCCCGAACCAACUUCCGUUGACCAUCACUUCCCUUCCAUCUUCGAAGCUGCCGGUGAUUGAGAUUUGUGAUAAGCAAUGGCUUGCACACUUUCAAUCACAGACGAAUGCUGUUUAUUAUCCUCGACAGCUUGGAAUGCUUGGAAUGCCCGUGAUAUCUCUUGAGGAGGCGGUCCUCGUGCUGUACCGUCUUAGUGGCAUGGAUAGUACACGCAUUCCGAAGGAGUACGUCGACGCAUUGGCCGAGUUAAAGAAAAGGCUCUUAUACUUUGCCAUUGACCGGCGUAACAAGGGUGAGAUGAGAGAAUACUUUGCUAUGUUGCCACUGGUUUCCAUCGGAGCAUUGAUUGGUUUGCGCCUCAACAACAACCAUUAUACUGGUGUCCUCCGCGGAUGGGUUUCGACACAUAAACGUAGGUGGCUUUGUAUCCUUGGUGGGGAUCACGAAAUAGAGAUCGCCUUUAACUGCGAAGAACUAGAGGAGUCGCACAUUGUGCUAAGUGGAGACAUGAGACGACUACACCGAAAACUUUUGAAGAUAAAGAAAUAG